AUGAAAGAGCGCGGAUGGGGUUACGAACGUCUUUGUUACGGCUACCGUAACCCUGACGAUUGUCACCGUCAAUGUUCGUCGUCCGUAGUGUGCGCAUUUGCGCUCGACGAUAUCUCUGCGGUGUCUCUCUCUCGCUCUACACUAUACCCCACUCGUUUAUACACCAAGGUUGUGUAUGUAAUGAUGUCAAUGUCGGGUUAUGGUAGUUUCUGUGUGAUUGGCCUUCUUUGCAGGGGUAUCACAGCCGUACAUCUCGAAGCUUUUGAAUGGAAAUCAUCGGGAGUUAUCGUUGAGAUGCAGGAAGAAUAUCUACUGCUGGUACUUGAACUGUCGGCGUCAUCCACACAAGCUUUGUGA